AUAGAUUAGAUAUCCAUGGCUGUGACUCUGAGAUUAACGAAUCCUUUAGCGUUUUCCUGUCAUCCUUUAACGUCGUCCGUACUGUUCCGAGGAAGCAAAUCCAUUAGUACCGAGUUAGCAUCCAUCAGGACGGUGAAAAUGUCGGCUAUUGCUGGCUCUGACCGCGAAACGACAUCGUCUACCGCUAGAGUCAUCGAUUCUCAUCUACACAUCUGGGCUUCUCCUCAAGAGGCAGAAACUUAUCCUUAUUUUCCAGGCCAAGAACCUACUUUGACUGGUGAUGUCGAUUUCUUGCUCAAGAACAUGGAAGAGGCAAGAGUAGAUGGAGCUCUCAUUGUGCAACCCAUCAAUCACAAGUUUGAUCAUUCUUUAGUAACAAGUGUUCUGAAGAAAUACCCAUCAAAGUUUCUCGGCUGUUGUCUUGCAAAUCCUGCAGAAGAUGGCAGUGGAAUUAAGCACCUUGAGAAUCUCGUUCUACAGAGUAAUUAUCGUGCUGUUCGGUUUAAUCCCUAUUUGUGGCCAUCGGGUCAGAAGAUGACAAAUGAUGUUGGCAAAUCCUUGUUCUCUAAAGCAGGGGAGCUUGGUGUGCCUGUUGGCUUCAUGUGCAUGAAGGGUCUGGAUCUGCACAUUGCAGAAAUUGAGGAACUCUGCACAGAAUUUCCAAAGACAGUAGUUUUACUAGAUCACGCUGGAUUCUGCAAAGUACCUGAAAAUGGUGAGGCAAAGCUUGCUUAUACUCAACUCAUGAAGCUCUCUAGAUUCCCACAGGUAUAUGUGAAAUUCAGUGCUUUGUUCAGAAUAUCAAGAACCGGAUUCCCAUAUCAGGACCUAUCGCCUCUCCUUUCUCAACUUGUGUCCCAUUUUGGGGCAAAUCGGGUCAUGUGGGGCAGUGACUUCCCAUUUGUUGUUCUUGAAUGUGGAUACAAAGAAGCCAAAGAAGCUGUGACCAUUAUCGCAAAACAAGCAUCUUUGUCAGGUUCUCAGAUGGACUGGAUUCUGGGAAAGACUGUGAUGCAGCUCUUCCCUGGACAAUGGGUUCUUCCUUGAGAGGCUUGCGAAAAGUGCAAGGUUGCAUAGGAUGGGAUAAUGAAUCAAACUAUGGAAGUUAUAUCAUUAAAGCCACUUAACUCUAGCUUUUCUAUCACUACACUUGAUGUAUACCAAUUUAGUAAAUCGACAUAUCUCUCUCAUCUGUAUUGAAAGCCUGAAACAUGCUGGUUGAUAUGAUAAUGAUACACUCUGAGAUUAUGGAAGGACUGGAUACUGGUUGAA